AUGUGGUGGUGGUGGUGGGAAUAUUUCGAACGAUGGCGUGUUGAUAUAGCAUAUCGUUUGUUACGUUGUGUUUACAGUCAUAAAGAUUUCGAACAUCAUUGGUAUCCACAAAUUUUAAUUAUGCAAAUUGAUGAAAAUCCUGAAUGGCUUGUUAAUUGCCAAAAAUUAAUUGCUGUAGCAGAAUGGAUUAAGGAUGGUGCCGCAUCAAAUAUUGUUGCCGUAUUAUGUGAAGGACAUACACAAGAUCCGGAUACUGGCGAAUAUUUAGGUUUGGUGGAAAGUGCGGUCACACAAUUGAUUGGUGAAUCAUGCCUUAAUGCACAUCAUUUGGUUGUAUCGUAUGAGAAUUUAAGUGAAUUAAAUGAGACCGCUUCAGCGGUAAUUCAAUGUUCCGGUUUAGGAAUCCUGAAACCAAAUACAAUUAUUAUCGAUUUUCCGAAAUGUGGCUCUUCAUUUAACUUUUUAUAUGCUGGACAGGGUGAAUUAUGGAAUCGAAUUGCUGCAACGGUGGAUAAAUGCCUACUAAUAUGCAAAGGUGAUUUGUGGAAACCGGUACCAUUCAAUUUGGCUUCUACAUUGGACUUCUGGUGGGUUGUGGAAAGUGAUGAUAUUUUGCUAUCAUUUAUUUAUGUUAUAUGCAGAAAUUAUCGAUGGACAUUUACAAAACUUCGGAUAUUUGCGGUGAUCAAGGAGACAGAAGUUGAAGUUGUUAAAGAUUACGUUUUGAAACGGAUUCAUCAAGCAUCGCUGGAAGCUGAUAGUAUACAAUUUCGACCUGUUCCUCCCGAUGAUAUUGGAGCAUAUGGAUCUGCUAAACUUUCAACUCCUAGUGAGAAAAUACAGCAAGAAGAACAAUCAAAAAGUCGGCGGAUAUAUAAGAAUGAACCACCGCUUGGAUUAAAUAGUUUGAUAAGAAAAGAGUCAACAAAUGCUGAUCUGAUAGUGCUUAAUUUACCACGACCACGUGGUGAUAUGCCAGCAUCAAGGCUAUUGCAGAUUUUAGAUACUGUUACGGAACAACUAACACGUGUUGUCAUUUUUAGACCUCCUAUGAUUUUUGAAAAUUUUGAAUUCAUAAUUUAA